UUCAGAAAAGGGGGGGACGAGGACAGAGAGGAACUACUCAAGCGCAAAAUGACACAGAGAGAAAACGAGCGAGGCGCUUAGCUGGGAAGUGAAAAGUUGGGAAAAGCAACCGUCCGGCGAGGGGGAGAAGAAGCGUAAGGCGAGCACACGUGGGCGAGAAAGGGGCGCGAGUGAAAAACACGCGGGGAGAAAAGGCGCCUACAAGCCCGAAGCUCCGGCAGUUCAGGAGCGGAAGUGUUACUUGGAUUGCAAAGAGCCACUCGGGCUUCGAGGGCUUCCCCGACGGGGUUCCACCCGCUCCCGCAAAACUUACCGCUCUUCGACUAGAGUCCCACCCUAGCUGUGUAAUGCAGCUCGCUCACCUGGCCCAGAGUUCACCCCAAGGGGAGAAUUAGCUCCACAUUCAGAAAACUUGACGGCAUUCUGCGGUGUCAUCUGGGGCUUUUCCCACCACCAAUGUCACCUUGAAUUUGGACAUUGCAUUCAGUUCAGGAAAGGUGCAUGAAGGUGAAACAGUGUGAAAAUUCCUCAACAAGAUUGAAUAGAGGCUGCAAGUAAAAAGGAACAUGAGGAGAGGAAGUCCAACUUUCAUGUGCAAUAGUCAUUAAAUAAAAGGUAAAAGAAAUUAAAUUUCUAAGAAGAAAUAAACGUUUGCAAGAAGAAAACUGAGAAGAAAGAAAUAGCAAGCAUUUCUUCUCCAUUUUUCAAGCAACAUGGGACAGCACUUGACAAAUGAGGACGGAGAACCAGUUGAGAUUGAUGUGGCUGAAUUGCAGGAAUGGUAUAAGAAGUUUGUAAUGGAAUGUCCAAGUGGGACACUCUUCAAGCAUGAAUUCAAACGAUUCUUUGGGGUUCAGAAUAAUGAAGAAGCAUCGGAUUAUGUGGAAAGCAUGUUCAGAGCUUUCGAUAAGAAUGGGGAUAACACCAUUGACUUCCUAGAAUAUGUGGCUGCUUUGAAUCUGGUUUUGCGAGGGAAACUGGAACACAAACUGAGAUGGACAUUCAAAAUAUAUGAUAAAGAUGGAAAUGGCUGCAUAGAUAGACCUGAACUCCUAGAAAUAAUUGAAGCUAUUUAUAGCAUUAAGGAAGCAUACAAGUCUGAAGAAGAAAGAGCCGUUCCUGGUCUUACUCCAGAAGAGGUUGUGGAAAGAAUAUUUCAUCUCGUAGAUGAGAAUGGAGAUGGACAAUUAUCUCUGGAUGAAUUCCUUGAUGGAGCACAAAGAGAUAAGUGGGUGAUGAAAAUGCUACAAAUCGAUACAAGCCCAGGUGGAUGGCUUGCCAAUCAGAGAAGAAAAUCUACAGUGCUCUAAUCAUUGCUUGUAUUAUUUCAAAAAUGUAAUGAGGAAAAAAAAGCAUCCCUUUUCCUUCAUUCUGUUUUUCCUUGAUAGCAGCAGGCUGAGCUCUAGGGAAAAAACAACAACAUAAUGCUAUUUUUUUUAAUUAUUCUGCUGUGCAUCUAGGCCACCACCCUGGAACAAUUGUUAUGUCAUGGUAAUUUUGGGGAAAAAAUUAAAAACCCACCUGAAAUGUAGGGAUGAGGACUAUUUGGGUGGCUAUACCUGAUUUUGGACUAUUGACAGUGUUGGCAAAAGGCCCAACUCACAACACAGGAUACUAGCAACUACCCCAUAUUGUUUACUUCUGACCCCAGACUUAGUUAUCAGAAAAAGGUGACAUGUUUAAAAAUAAUGCCUGGGCUAUAUAUUUCACACAGCAAGGUGGUAUCAUAUGAUCAAAUUUUCUAUCAAAUAGAAGUCCAUAUGUAGCAAAAAUUACCAUAUCAGGGAAAAGCUAAUGUUUUGUAAUCUUCUGGGGAGAAGCAAAUAAUCCAGUUGCAAGGGUUUGUAAACUAUCUGGUUUGCACAAUAUAUUGAAUUAUAAACAAGUUAGAUAUACUGUAGCUUGGCAUUUUGAGCAAACUCAACCAUUUAGUGUGAAUGUAGCCCAAACCAGCAUCAGUAAGAUACAAUGAACAUUCCCUACAGCACACUGAUUUUUGUAGAUAGUACAUGGAAUGGAUGAAAUUCUCUGCAGAAAAAUGCAAAAAUCAUUUGGCAUAUUGAAAUAAUUUGAUUUUAGUGAACUAAGAUUUCUCAGCAGCAAUAGUAAAUACUAGUCUUAAAUGAAGGUGAGAAAAGAUGACAACGCAGCACUUCCAAUAAGUUAGCUAUGUGUUAACCUUGUUUUCUGGAACUGGCUUAGAAAAAGAAAAGUUUUCAUAAGUUUCCUUUGGUCCCUGCUGCUCAUAAAGAAAAUGGUCUCCUGAUCUUAGAAUUUUAUGAUCAUAGGUUCAACCAAUGGCACAGUUAUUUGUUAAAGUUGUCAAAAAUAUCAGGUGAGGAGUACAGCAUACAAUUUUUCUUAUGCGUUGGAGCUUAAAAAUGUUACACUAAGAUCUUUUUUUUUAUUGAAAAAGUUUUUCAAAUACAGAUUUUUCCCCCUUUUCCCCCCCCUCCUCCCUAACCCCCCCUCACCCUCCCCUCCCCCCUUGGCUUCUCCAAAAUAAAAUCCAAAUUGAUAUCACAUUGUAUAAUACUUUACCAUCCUUUUACACCACCUCCCAUAUGCUAUACAUUUCUUUCUAACAUUAUUAUUAUAUCCCCCCUAUACUAUACAUUUCAAAGCAACAUUCAGCUAUAAAAUUAUAUAAUAAAUCCUAAUUUGGCAUUUAUUCAACUCAUAAUCCCAUUUCCUCCACCCCCAUAACAUCCCUUUUCCUAAACUAAACAAUCAGUAGCCUAACCUAUCUCCACCCACUUUCCUACAGGUCUACCAUACAUAAUAUUUUUAAUAUCUUUGUUCUUCUGCCCACACCACUAAAAGAUAUUUCCAUAUAUAAAUAAAAUCCUCAAAUGACUUUAAGUUUGUAAUCCAUAUAGUAUCUUCUGUAAUGUCUUUCAACUGGAUUGUUAAUUCCAUCACCCAUGUUAGGGUAACAUCAAGUUCUGCUUCCAACAGUAUAUUCAGUAUCUUCAAUUACCAUCUGCCCCCAUCAAUAAUAAGUGUUUUCAUAUAUAAAAAACCACCCGAGUAACUUUAUAUUUAUAUUCCAUAUAGUAUCUUCUGUAAUGUCUUUUGUCUAGAUUAUUAAUUCCAACCACCAUGUUAGGGUAACAACCAGAUCUUCUGCAUGCCCCAAUUCCAUAGUUCUCUUGCCUUAUAGCUCAACAUAUACGUAAUCCAUUUUUCAAAGAGUCCAAAAUAGAAAGUUCCAGUCCGCUCAAUUAAAGGCCAUCUUCCACAUCCACACUAAGAUCUUAAUAUUGUGUGCAAUGUAAACUGCAAAAGUUUGCUGAACUUCAUAAACUGCAAUGGAUUUAUAGUUAAGAAUCACUUCAUCUAUCUUUGGCUUUGGUCUUUCUGGUCAACUUGGAGAUGAGAAGAAGAUAUUUAAUGGCACAGCUUCUUCAAUCACUUGCUGGAGAGAUCCCUGAUAAAAAAAUUAUGCCUCAGUUCUACUUCCCCCAAAUUUCAUCUUUAAUUGUAACUUCUUCACAAAAAAUCAACAGGUCCAAUAUCUGUGCAUAGUAAUUACUUUGAGUGAAGUUGAUAGAUCUGUACCUUAUCAACUUAACAUAAUUCCCAGUCUCAAUAUCGUUACUAUAGUAAUUAGGUAAAAGAAAGUAUGCAAAUUCAUAAUUUAUCUGCAGUCAAUACCUGCAUUAAUUCUAGGUAAAAUUUAGAAUCUAAAAGUGUAUGUGACUUAGAUUUAGACUUUUGUCCCAAGUUAACAUCACUUUAAUACACUUUUGAUUGUCAUAACUUUUUGUGUGUCCCCCAAAAUCCUUGAUCUAUACUCUGUUUUCUGGGAUAUCCCAUAUAGAAAUAAAGAUGUGGGUUCAUUCUAUGCAUUCAUGCUUUUUUUUUUAUUAUUCCAGUGCCAGAAAAUUUUAAAUCCAUGAUUAUAAUAGCUACUUGUGUGCCAAGGAAACAGUUCUAUAAUUAUGGUUUCACAAUGACCUCAUAUAAACAAUGCCAUGUAAUCUUUGAGAACACAUAUUGAUUUCCCAAAAUGAAAUAAACUUUAUCUCACACACAAUCUAUGUGUUCCAGGUGCUUAACACGCCCAACAGUCCUGGCAGCUCAUACUGGGCAGGGAUGGGGAGUGUUGAAAAGGGAGACCAAACCCAAAGUCUUAAUUUCUUAGUUACACCAAUAAUCUCUGCCAUUUCAUUCAUUAUAUUUAAUUUAUUAGCCAGCUUCAUUUUUGUGGUACAAGAGGAGUUGUUAGUGCUUUGCAUAUGAAGUUUAUGUCAAAGAUGGGAAAAAGUCAGAACAUUUUAUUCUGGAAUAGUUUUAUUCCAACUCAAGAAUGGGUAAGAGCCCUUUAAAUCACCAUGGGUAUGACUUCUUUUCAGGGAUCCAGCCAGCCAUAUCCUCUUCUAGAAUACUGUAUAUUUGUCAGAAGUCUACAAGGCCAAUCGCUCUCUUCCUUACAGACAAUUUUUCUCCCUAAAUUUCCCCAGAGUUGCAUCACAGCAAGACGGGUGACAAACAAAUUUAAUAAAUAAAACAAAUAAUGCCUUCAAUUUUCUACAGGCUCAUUUCCACUACUGAAUUAAAGUACUGUCCACCUAUCCUUGAGUUGGAAAAUAGUACUAUCAUUUAUGUCUCCGUUGGCAAUUUUUAACUCUACUUCUAUUAUCUUUGUUCACAAUCAUUGCCAGUUAUCUGGCAGUGAACACUUAAUAGAUUUUAUGCAUCUUAAAACUGUUGUUGCAUAAUGUCAGAAUAUAGAAGAAAAUAGUAUUCAUUUAAUACCAGUACAACUAAAUGCUAGGUUGUAUCUCACUCAUGAGAUAAAAUGCAGGUAGCAUCACAGGGACAAGGAAAGCAAUAAGAAUUGCCAUGACAUGAUAGUGCAGUGAUUAAGUACAAGGUGGGGGACACACAAUUUAAGAUUUUAUGGGAUGCUAAGAAUUUCCCAUCUUUAAUGGAGGCUUGUUUUUGUUUUGCUUCAGUUUCAUUUCCUCCUUUUUAGCUAUUCUUUUCACUUUUAGUUAUACUUCUGUAUAAUUAAGACAAGGGCAGCGCGAUGACUCAGUGGUUUAGAUGGUGGGCUUGGAAAGCUGACAGCCUGGGUUUGAGACCCAAGAGUGCACGAGGGUUAGCUCCUAUUACUCGCCCCAACUAGUAACCAACCUAGCAGUUUGAAAGCAUGCAAAGGUACCUCUUCACUGGGAAUGGUUACUGCAUUCCAUAUUUUCAUGCUGGCCACAUGAUGAUGGAAGCGUCUCUCAGACAACACAGGAUUCCCUCAGUUGAGAAUCGGACAUGAGCACCGCCCCCUUGUGUCAGUCACAACUAGACGGGAAACCUUUAAAACUUUAUAAUUAGGAUAUUGUGUGAACAUGCUAAACAUCUUAAUUUAGUUUUGAUGUUUUUAUGAAACCACUUUGAAUGUAUUUUAUAAAUAAGGCAGGUAUUACGAAUAGCUAAACAAUCAUAGAUGUACAGCUUCUCUUUGUCUCCUAUGAAUUGGUGAAAUCUUUCCAUCUAAUAAAGCUGAGUGUGUAUUUCAUGAAA